UGUAAUUACAAAGGGAGGGUAUCUUGUUUCAGCCGCCUUCCUAUUGGCUGCUUCUGUGCCGCUCUACGCUGAUUGGCUGCAGCGUAAAACUCAGCAUUGUCAAAAUUCCGCUGACGGACCUUCAUCUGGCUCAGAUGAGGGAAUACACAGAGCGGCACUUCAUCUAAAAUCAGCUGCAAUUGUGGAUUUUGCUGGAUUUACUCUGAAUCAAAUUCAAAGAAACAAUUAACAGGGUCGUGAACUUCACUGCAGACUUUUUACUCGCAAGCAAUGCUGUGUUUAGGAGAUUCUGCUGACUGCCUCCGGGACCAGAUGCAGUGCAUGAUGAGAUCCCUGCAGGACCUGAAGCAGAUCAGCAGGCCGAGGCCGCUGAGUGAACCGUGUGUUCGAUCCUUCGCCGUGACACGACUCUGCAAACAGAGGGCCCAGCAGGAGAGACUCACUCGUCUACGUGUUUCUGACGCCAGUGAAGCCAGCACGUACGACUCGGCCUGCUGCCUGGCCAGCCCUCUGGAGGAAGACGAAGAUCAUCCAGAGAGUGACCGCUUAGCACAAGGCUCCCCGAGCAGCGAAAAGAGUCUGGACUUUGACUCGGGUUACUCUGAGGCCUCUUGGCAGGACGAAGGCGUGGUGCUGAGGAGGACCAGGAAUGUGCGAGUCUCCUCUUCUGCGUGCCUCCGCACAAACAGAGGACCCGCUGGCCGAAUCAGGCCCAAAUCCACUUCGGACGCUUGCCUGGAGCGCUGGACCUCAUUUGAGGCCGGUGACCCGGAGGACUGGACCACGUCACUGCUGAGCCGCAGCAGGAACAGACAGCCUCUGGUUCUGGGGGACAACAGCUUUGCUGACCUAAUAAAGAACUGGAUGGACCUACCAGAGUGUCCUGAGCCAGCACAACUAAAGCCCAACGCGGGCCGGCGCCUCGCCAAAGACAUUUUGAUCAACAUGAGGCGCAGAUUGGCAGGGGUGUCUAAAAGUGUGGAGCUGCGGCAGAGACCAGCAGACUCCAGCAGGGUCAGCAGGGCUGCAGACGCUCCGAAACGCAUGUCCUGUCCUGUAGGACUCCAAGCUGUCAAACCUUUCUUUCACCAGUCUCACACAGGCCUCCAUCAACCAGAAACAGACUUCUACCAGUUCACGGCUCUCAUGAAGACAGGCAGCCGACAGCCCAUCAUAUGCAAUGACAUCAUUGGAUACAUUUAAGUGAGGCUGUAGCUGCGGACUGACCCUUUAACAUAUAUAAGAAAAAGAUUGUUCUAUUUUUGUAAUUGGAUUUUGUCCCCGUUGAUGAUACAUGCGAAAUAAAGGUUUUCUGUAUUUAAUGAAACAUGUUGUUUCUGCGUGAGUUUAAGAAGUGAUAACUGUAAAAUAUUAUUAUAUCAAUGUCACUGUGAUUGGCACAAUUUCAGCUUCUUCAGAGUUCAUACAAAGUCUUGAGUUUGGAGUUUAUAAAAUACUUAAUUUUAACCAUUUUGUUUCCAAGGUUAGUGUCUGCUUGAAUUUGAUUAUGCUCCUUAUAAAAGGGCUUCUUUUUCAAUAUAAUCUGGUGUUUCUUCUGCACAAUCACUCAUGUAAAUCAAAAAUCAUUUAAUUUUUAAAUGAAACUAUCCCAUUGUCAUAUUUGUUUCUUGUCACAUGGCAUCUCAUACUAAGUACAGAGCAGACCGUAACGCUAAACAGGAAAUAAAAAGCAGUUAAAAUAAAGUAAAAAUUAAAAAAAUGUCACUAUACAUUGAUUGCAGGGGGUAUAAAGGAAUUCUGAUGCAGCUUUUU